AUGUUUGUGUUGCUUUACAUUACAAGUUUUGCCAUCUACACAAGCGAACAACCUCUUCAAAGCCAGUUCAAAGGAGAAAAUUACUACACCAGGUACAUCUGUAGCAUCCCUGGUUUGCCAGGCCCUGCAGGUCCACCCGGAGCCGGCGGAUCUCCAGGGCCACAUGGACGCAUUGGUCUUCCAGGAAGAGAUGGGAGAGAUGGCAGGAAGGGAGAAAAAGGUGAAAAAGGGAGUGCAGGUUUAAGAGGAAAGACUGGGCCAUUAGGACCAGCAGGAGAGAAAGGAGACCAAGGUCAGUCUGGUAAAAAAGGACCUGGAGGACUGACUGGUGCCAAAGGUGAAGUAGGUCCAGCUGGACCACCUGGACCUAAGGGAGAUAAAGGAGACCGAGGAGAACCAGGUACACCAGGGGUCUGUAAAUGUGGAAAAAUAGUGCUGAAAUCUGCCUUUUCUGUUGGCAUCACCACCAGCUACCCACAGGAAAGAUUACCAAUUGUGUUCAAUAAAGUCCUCUUCAACGAGGGGGAGCAUUACAACCCUUCCACUGGGAAGUUUAUUUGUGCCAUCCCAGGGAUUUAUUAUUUUUCUUACGAUAUCACCUUAGCGAACAAGCAUCUUGCGAUUGGGCUGGUUCACAAUGGGAAGUACCGGAUAAAGACAUUUGAUGCGAACACAGGCAACCACGAUGUAGCUUCUGGAUCCACAGUGAUCUACCUUCAGGCAGAAGAUGAAGUAUGGCUUGAGAUCUUCUACACUGACCAAAAUGGUCUCUUUUCUGAUCCAACAUGGGCAGACAGUUUGUUUUCUGGAUUUCUCUUAUACGUUGAUACAGACUACCUUGAUGCUUUAUCGGAUGAAGAUGAGCUCUGAAUCAGAUGAUGUCAAAUGACAUUCAAACUGGACAUCUCAGCACAAGAUUUUAUCUAUCUAUGUGGGGGACACAAAGUUGAAAAAAAAAAUACUCUGAGCAUUUAUUUUUGCUUUGAUAGGAACAAAAUCUGAGCUCAUAUGGAUUUUUCUAGAACCUAAGCUGUAUUUUUUACCGAAGAGCAGGGAUAUCAAAAAGAACUGUAAUUAACAAAAGACUGUGUCACUCCAGGACUGACUCCUCUUGAAAGUUGUGUUUAUAAUACUAUUUAAACAAAUUUAAGAUACUGUACAUUGGAUUUUAUGCAAAAUACAUUAAGUUGCAAUGUAGAACGGAUAUUUUUUAUAUGACAAUAAAGUAAAAUCAA